AUGCCCACCCGGCGCUUCGAGGGCGCGAUCGCUCGCGUCCGGGCGUAUGAGGAGGUCUGCCGCCGGUUGGCUGUGGAUCCCAAGGAUAUAUUUGGCGGCGCUUGGAAGCCCCCACCAACAGCAGUCCCGCGCAGAUCGGUUGCUUCGAGAUUUUCCGUCGCUGGCCGUCGUGAAUGCCAUGAAGGCCAUGAAGCCUCCCGCGGACUCCUCCCUUCUUCUGAGCAGGGUCCGCCCUGUUGA